UGCUAUGUGUCAUGUGGCUCAUACUGUAUGUGUCAGGUGACCAUGAUGUCAAUAAAGUUUUCACGUUUUGAAACAGCAUGGCUGCGUACACGGUGCCUGCAGCUGUCAGAUGCUCAAUGAAUGUUUUAUUAAGAGACUCUGUUCUGAUCUCAAAGAAAAUAUGCCAACUGUCAGCUAUUUGCACUGGAAACGGUUACACUAGUUGGAGGACGUGCAGUUCAUCCUCCUCGUCCUGCUCCUCUGAGUCUCCAGCAGCAGAUAUCUGUACCUUCAGUGGACACUAUGAUCGCCUGGUUCAGACUGGCUCCCUGAGGAAAGAUGUUCAGCAGAGACAUGUCGUCCAGCAGCUGGCUCAGCUGCAGCACACCCUGGAGAACUACAGUAACAGCAUCUACCUGAACCCUCCUCCUCCUCCACCUCCCAGGAUAAACUCUAAAGAUGACAACAGUCAACCUCUAAAAGAUGAUAAAGAUUAUUACAUUACAACAGCUGAAAACAAAAGUGGUGGAUCCGCUGCUAAGGAGGAACCUGCUCCACCACCACCACCACCACCACCUAAAGGCUUCUAUAUCUAUGGAGAUGUUGGCACAGGGAAGACCAUGCUCAUGGAUAUGUUUUACUCCCGUGUGGAAAACACUCGCAAAAAGCGAGUCCACUUCAACGGCUUCAUGUUGGACAUCCACAAAAGGAUCCAUCGGAGGAAACAAAGCCUGCCAAAACGCGGGCUAGGGAAAAUGUUCACCUAUGACCCCAUAUCACCGGUUGCCAUGGAGAUCAGCAAUGAAACCUGCCUCUUGUGUUUUGACGAGUUUCAGGUGACCGACAUCGCUGAUGCCAUGAUCCUGAAGCAGCUGUUUGAGACGCUGUUGAAGACCGGAGUGGUGGUGGUGGCCACCUCCAACAGGCCCCCUGAUGAUCUGUACAAAAACGGACUUCAGAGGGACACCUUCCUACCUUUCAUCGACGUGCUGAAGGAGUACUGCCACACCGUCUGCCUAAACUCUGGGAUUGACUACAGGAGGCUGGACAACGCUGCAGCAGGGAAACUCUACUACCUCACAAGGGAGCCUGGUGCGGAGGCCUUCAUGGAUGCGCUGUUUGAGGAGCUGGCCAUAAGUCAAAAGACUGUUACGGGCCCUCGGGUGCUCACAGUGCUGGGCAGAGAUGUGACUCUGGCAAAGACCUGCGGCUCCAUCGCCGACUGUACUUUUGAUGAGCUGUGUGGCAGACCUCUGGGUGCCAGCGACUACCUGGAAAUGGCACGGCUCUUUGACACCGUAUUCAUUCGCCACGUUCCUGUGCUGACGCUGACCCUGAAGGACCAGGCCAGACGCUUCACCACCCUCAUAGACAACUUCUACGACAACAAGGUGAGAGUGGUGUUGCUGGCGGAUUCUCCAUUAGACCGGCUGUUCGUCCACACUGGAGGGGACGAUGAGCGAGACAGACAGCUGCUGGACGACCUGGGCCUCAGCGGGGAUGCGGCGGAGCGCCUGACUCUGUUCACAGCCAAGGAAGAGAUCUUUGCCUUCAAGAGGACCGUCUCCAGACUGAUGGAGAUGCAAACAGAGUCAUACUGGAUGAAGGGAGAUCGCAGUCACAGCAAGAAACACGAGAACACCUAACAUCCACUGCUGACCGCCUGAUAAUCAUAGUUACCUCCAGACAACACAGUACCUCACUAACUACUACACAAGAGAAAAUCCUGUUUAGCAGAAAUAUAAAAGGCCCCAAUACAUCCAAGAAAGACCUGUAAAUAUAUAACAAAACUAGAUACCUGUUAUCUUAUGCCUGUGUGUUACAUCGUUGUACUGUUUCUGAGAGGUGUGCUCUCUCCCCCUUGUGGACUAUUUAUUCUAAAGAGGAUGGAAACCUCUCCAACAUGUGUGAACCACAAGGAUAACAGGUGCUCACUUCAGAGAGAGGAAGUGUCCCUCAGAGUAGCUGGCUACCGCCCUCUAGUGGGCAAAAGUGAAAAGGGGUUAAAUAUUCUUAAGCGCUUCCUGUUUUUAUGAAACAAUAUCAGUCUCUGUGCAGUUUCAUAAUUACAUCUUAGCUGUAUAACACCUGGUAUGAAUUUAAAAAGGGUAACACUUCCUUUUACAGGUCCGCAAAUGUCAUGGUAAUGAGGUGAUAUUUAGCAAGUAACCUAUUUGAAAUUUCUUUGGAAUUACGUCCAAAUAACCCCAAUACUUACCUCAAAAUGUAUCAAAAAUUACUUUGUUUGGCUGUCUUGACUUGGGACUUGACUCUGGACUUAUUAUUAUUUUCUAUCUAUUAUAAACAUUAUUUAUUAAUUGUAUUUCGCUAUUUCCCAAUAAGCAGUAAUAAAUAGCUGUUAAUUUAUUCAAUGCAUUUCCAGGAAUAGAAAACAAAGUUAAUUGAUGUGCUUUAUUUCCAUGUCUGCUGAUAAAUAGAUAAUAAUUAGCAAAUUUGAAAUGUCUUUAAAAUCUCCUUGAAUCAUUACCUUAGCUACCAGGUUACAUUUGUGUAGA